AUGACAAUGAUGAAAUUGAGAUCUGAAAUAGCAUGCCAUGUCCUGUACAUGAUGUUUGGUCCUGUCAAAGUGACUUUGAUUAGGCAAUAUCGGCACUUGGAGGAUGGUUCAGUGAAUGUUGUAACUCGUGGGCAACAGCGUUUUCGUUUGAGGCGCCGCUGGAUGGAUGUGGAGGGAUCACCUUGUGGGGAGAUACAAAUCAUCAACGAAGAUUUGCCAUUGAGAACACCCAGGGAGGCUGUUGGAAGAUUGGCACCAUUAAGUAUCCUUAGAUCUGGUGUACAUAAUCAAAUGCCACCUAUAAAUGGCUCUCGAGCUGACCAAUAUGGCCUUGGGAAUGAAAAUGAUUCGGAUGCAAUGUCAGAGGAAAGUUUUGAGAGUGAACUUUCACCCACAGAAAGGAGGUUGCACCAGUCUGCUCUUGUUUCUUCUGAUAUGCUUGACGACUCAACAAGCAGUGAUGAUGAGAAUAUUGAGCAGCAGUCUCAUAUUCAACCUGCGAGAUCUCCUUUUGAUAAUUUUCGGUCUUUCAGCACGGGAAAAAACAGAGAGGCUGUUGGCGUGAGGCUGGCUUUAGGGAAAAGGUCUAUGCCAACUCACAAGAAUGACACAUGGAAAAAGUAUUCUUUAAACCAGUUUCGUGAAGUUCCAAGGGCCUUCUGGCCCAGUUGGGUUUACCAGAUGUACGAUUCAUACUCUCUUGCUCAAAGGGCAGCAGGCCGAUGGAAACAGAUAGUUAGGGCACCAAGCAUGGACAGUUACGUAACGAAGCCAGAUCUUCUUUCAUUUCAUAUUGCAAGUAAGAUGCCCGUGUCAGUAUCAACAAGGCAAGAGCUUUUGGAGAUUGAUGGAAUAUCCUAUAGACUGAGACGGGAAAUUGAACUCCUUGAGAGUUUUGACUGCAUUCGAUGUAAAACUUGUGAGCUUCUAAUUGCCAGACGAACCGAUAUGUUGGUGAUGUCUAGUGAGGGUCCCCUCGGAGCUUACGUUAAUCCACAUGGUUUUGUGCAUGAGAUAAUGACACUGUUUAAAGCUAAUGGGUUGGCUGUUAUUGGCAAUCCUGUUAAAGAAUACAGCUGGUUUCCUGGGUACGCCUGGUCAAUUGCUGAAUGUGCCUCUUGUGAAACUCAAUUGGGAUGGCUGUUUACUGCUACGAAGAAGAAGCUUAAACCCAGGUCAUUUUGGGGCAUUAGGAGUUCUCAAGUUGCAGAUGAGUCGCAUUAAAAUUCUAAUGUGUUGUUUGCUUAUAGCUAUUUCUUUGGCUGGUCUUGUAAAUUUGGAAGCUAACUUUUAAUGUAGAGCUUUUGUACUUAGAUAAUAGCUCUUUCCUAGCCAAUCUGGGAUAUAACAAUUUUGUUUUUUCUUGAAAAUAUGUUCCUAAUUCUGUUUGGGGGUAAAAGUUAGACUCUUGGCUUGCAUAUUAGACAUCAGGACCUCAGGUUUGAAUGUUUGGAGCGGUAUUUGACAUUAUUACAAGAAGACAUAUUGAGAGAUGUAGUAAGAAUUUUGGAGAGAUAGAACUAUUCGUUGUAAAACAUGAACUCUUCUACCUUAAUGUUAUGAUGAGUAACGGGGUUA